GGGAGAAGGACAGAGGGAAGCAGGCAGCAGCCAGGAGCUGAGCAGCUGAAGGGAGCGGACCGUGAGAUGGACAGCCAGCCCCGGGGAAGCUCCCGAACCCCGGCCGGCCCAGGGCACCCCUGAGCACAGAGGGGCCUGUCCGGCAGUGGCAGUGGCAGUAGGCAGUGCUCAUGGAGGAGAAGCAGAGCCCGGAGGCAGUGUUGCCUUACCCCGGGGAGAGCCCAGGCACAGACUGCUGUAGCACCGACUUACUGAAGGCUGUCUCUGACUCGAUGGGACUCUACAUGGAUGACCUGCUGCCCCAAGCUGAGCUGGCAGUGACCAGUCUGGAACCCAAGCCUGGCACCGAGCCUCACAAAACCACCAGCAUUGGCCCCAAAACUCUGGACAACCUGGACUUGACCUCAGUGCCCAGCCUUAGUGAGACGCCGGCAGCGUCCCCCUGGGUGAACUGCCAGCUGGCUUUGGGUGGCACCAACUCGGACCGGGCUAGCGUGGGCGGCAGGCCGGCAGCUGGCUCCUGGCCCCUGGGCACUGACCGGGCAUUGGCCCCUGAUGCCAGGCUGCGGCGGGGCUGCCCUGGGGAAGCUCCUGGAGGGGCAGGGGGUAGUCUAAAGGCGGACGUGUGUCCGGACCGAGAGCCCCAGCCUCGGGGACAGCUCUCCCCCCUCAACAUCUUCCGCUUCCCCUUCCUGCCCCUGAACCCCAUCUACCUGGCAGCCCGGACCCACCAGCUGCUGACCGCUGAGGACUCUGACCAUGCCCCCUACAUCCCGGACAUCUCCAACUCAUACCCGGCCUUCAGUGAGGCCACUCCGCCCAUCUCCACCAGCCCCAAAGGGGAAGCCCCUCAGGGCCCAGUGGGCAUGAGCCCGGAGCCUGGCACCACCUUCAGCUACCUGCCCCCUGGUUACCCUCCUUACCCGGAGUACACGGCCCCUUCCCCCCCCCAGCAGCAGCCCCGGGUGCCCCCCCGAGCCGAGCCCCCCCUGGACGAUGCGGUGAUGUUUAAGACCGAGCCGCUGGAUUCCUACAGCCUCUCCCCGCCGGAGGCUGCUCUCAGCUGUAACUUCCUGCUCCAGGAUGAGAGCAUGCCAUCCACCUCAGCAGCUCCUGUCAGCUGGUACCAGCCCAUCACAUACCUGGGCUACCAGGGGACCACCAAACCCAUCACCGGCACCUACUCGCAAGCGUACUCCCAGUACAGCGGCUUGAUCAGACCAGAGAAUGGAAGGGGCCACAUGUCUCACUUCGCCCCGGGUCUGAGUCUGCAGAAACUCUGUCUGAUCUGCGGAGAUGAAGCCUCAGGAUGUCACUAUGGAGUCCUUACAUGUGGAAGCUGUAAGGUUUUCUUCAAGAGGGCUGUUGAAGGUCAACAUAAGUAUCUAUGCGCUGGAAGGAAUGACUGCAUUAUCGACAAAAUUCGAAGAAAGAACUGUCCAGCCUGUCGCCUCAGAAAGUGCUAUCAAGCUGGAAUGGUGUUAGGAGCCCGAAAGCUAAGAAAAUUCAGUAAACUAAAGAACAUCGGAAACAGCCCAUCUUCUCUGCAGUCCGAAAUGACACUAUCAAGUGUCAAUCCAGUUGCAGUGCCAAAGGUCUCGUUACAUUCAGCUCGAGCGGUCCAGUUCACGCCGACACUCGUUUCCAUUUUACAGAUAAUUGAACCAGAAGUUGUUUAUGCAGGCUAUGAUAACAGUCAACCUGACUCAACUAACUAUCUGCUAACCAGCCUGAACAGGCUAUGCGAGAGACAACUUGUAUCUGUUGUUAAAUGGGCCAAAUCUGUACCAGGAUUCCGGAAUUUGCACAUAGAUGAUCAAAUGACUCUCAUUCAAUAUUCUUGGAUGGGUCUGAUGGUAUUUGCAAUGGGAUGGCGGUCAUACAAACACGUCAAAGGAAAAAUGCUGUACUUUGCUCCAGAUCUGAUUUUCAAUGAGCAGCGAAUGCAAAAGUCUGCAAUGUAUGAUCUGUGUAUAGCAAUGCGACAAAUCUCACAAGAAUUCAUUCAUCUUCAAGUGACCCAAGAGGAAUUUUUGUGCAUGAAAACCUUAAUACUCCUUAAUACAAUUCCCUUGGAAGGCCUUAAGAGCCAAUCUUACUUUGAUGAGAUGCGGAGAGACUACAUUAGAGAGCUGAGUAGAGCCAUUAACUUGCAGGAGAAAGGUGCACAGAGCAACUCUCAACGCCUUUACCAGCUGACUAAACUCAUGGACUCGAUGCAUGAACUUGUCAAGAAACUACAUCAGUUCUGCUUGAAUACUUUUGUUCAGUCCCAGGCACUGAGUGUGGAAUUUCCAGAGAUGAUGUCAGAGAUUAUAACAACGCAGUUACCCAAGAUUCUGGCUGGCCUCGUGAAACCAUUGCUCUUUCACAAGAAAUGAGUAAAUUUCAUUCUGUGUUGAGUCUGAUUGCCUUCAUUUACAGGCAGCAUUUUUCUGCAUUAUGCAAGUU